AUGGCCGCCGUAGCAUCCUCUUCAACGACUCCGUCCGACCCGUCCAGCAGCUCCUGGCCAGCGCCGCCCAUGACCUACGAGCCGCGGCCGCCAGCGCCCGUGCGAGCGCUGCUGCCCAAGCGCAUCGACGUGGCCGACCUGACGCCCAACAACCUCGGCCAGCUGCGCAAGCUCAACAGCGUCCUCUUCCCCGUCAGCUACUCGGAGCGCUUCUACAAGGACGUCCUCGAUCCCGACGUCGCCAGCAUCUGCAAGCUCGGCCUCUUCAACGACAUCGCCGUGUCCAACGUCUGCUGCCGCUUCGAGGCCGACGGCAACGACGCCGUCAAGGUCUACAUCGCAACCCUGGGCGUGCUCGCACCCUACCGCCGCCUCGGCCUCGCAACCGCCCUGAUCCAGCAUGUGCUCAAGGCCGCCGGCCCCGGCUCAACCGUCGAGCUGACCGACAAGGACGCGCCCCAACCAGCGCCCAAAAAGGACAAGAACGGCAAGGAGAUCAAGCCCGAGGCCGUCAAGGUGCAAAAGAAGGUCUCGGCAGUCUACCUACACGUCCAGACCAGCAACGACGAGGCCAGGGCCUUCUACGAGAAGCUCGGCUUCAAGGUCACUCAGACCAUCGACAGCUACUACCGCCGCAUCCAGCCUGCCAGCGCAUGGGUGCUCGAGCUCAGCGCGUAG